CUGGCCUCUUCCUGGGGCUUGGAGCCCUGGUUGCCAUCAGCCAUGGCUCCCAAAAAGAGUGUGAGCAAGGCAGGCAAGGAGCUUGAAGUCAAGAAGAAGAAAGGCAGCAAGAAGGAGCCGGUGGUGGCCGUGGAGCCGCCUCUGGCCAAGGAGACGAAGGAGUUCUACCACAUCCAGAUCCGAGACCUGGAGGACCGGCUGGCCCGGUACCAGCGGAAGUGGGAUGAGCUGGCAGUGCAGGAGAAGCUGUUCCGCCAGGAGUUUGAGCAGCUGGCCAAUAACAAGAAGGAGAUUGUGGCCUUCCUCAAGCGCACGCUCAACCAGCAGGUGGACGAGAUCACAGACCUCAACGAGCAGCUCCAGAACUUGCAGCUAGCCAAGGAGAUGGAGAAGGAUGCCUUCGAGGCGCAGCUAGCCCAGGUGCGCCAUGAGUUCCAGGAGACCAAGGACCAGCUCACCACGGAGAACAUCAUCCUUGGGGGGAAGCUGGCAGCCCUGGAGGAGUUCCGGCUGCAGAAAGAGGAGGUCACGGACAAGUUUACGUUGCUGGAGGAGCAAGUGCGGAAGCAGGAGAGUGAGUUCAGGGACUAUGCGUACAACCUGGAGAAGAAGUCGGUGCUGGACAAGGACAGACUGAGACAAGAGAUCAUCCAACGCGUGAACCUCGUGGCCAGUGAGUUCCACAAGGUGACCACGAACCGGAUGUGGGAGACAACGAAGCGGGCCAUCAAAGAGAACAACGGCAUUACCCUGCAGAUGGCCAGGGUCUCCCAGCAAGGCAUGAAGCUGCUGCAGGAGAAUGAGCAGCUCAAGGGAAGCCAGGGCAAUCUGUGCAAACAGCUGGAGCUGCUGGAGAACACCCAGAAGGUCAUGGCCAGGCACAAAAGAGGCCACCAGAAGAUUAUCCUCAUGCUGACCAAGAAAUGCCAGGAGCAGCAGCAGGACACCAAGGAGGCCGAGGAGCUGCGCCUCCUGCUGAGCCAGUUGGAGCAGAGAUCCCUGCAGCUGCAGGUGGACAACCAGGCACUGAAGAGCCAGAGAGACCAGCUGAGCUUGCAGCUGGAGCAGCAGCAGGGGGAUGUGCAGCGGCUACAGCAGGAACUGGCUAAUGAGCAGAAGGUUCGGGCCAGCCUGGAGGCAGCCCUGGUCCAGGCCACCUCCUUCCUCCAAAACAUUCUGCAGAUGCACCCCGAUGAAGAGGACAGCGACUUCGACGUGACAUUCCAGCUAUGGCACAAGGAGAUGCUGCAGCAACUGCUGGUCAUGCUCAGCUCCACUGUGGUCCCGAGCCCCCAGAAGGCUGUCUGUCCCCACCCGGAGUCACAGUCCCAUGGCCCACCCAAGGAGAGCCGGCCCAGCAUCCAGCUGCCCAGGACUGGGUCUCUGCUGCCGCAGCUCUCUGACAUCACCCACUACCAGCCGGGGGAUCUGGGCCUGGUACCUCGCCAGGCCCACAUCCCACCCAACCCCCAGGACCUCAGGCUGCUGUCAUAUAUCACCCGUGUGGGAACCUUCCGGGCACAUAGCAGCCCCGAGAUACGUGCCCCUGCUUCUCUAAAAAGGCUCAAAACGUUUAGUCUUCCUGAAGUUCCCCUACGUUCCAAAUAGGACACAGAGAGAAGAACCUACUUCAGAAAUGGACUGGUCCAGUCACAGUCACCCCCACUUUAAUCCGCAGGCAGCCUGGAACAGUCUAGAGGACAGUUGUAUAAAAAGUAGAUUCCAAGGCUGGCAUGGCAGCUCUGUGGCCCUGGCUGGGUUGGUGGGUACUACAGUCAGGCGGGCAGCCAUGGCCACUGGUGUCACGGCCCCAGUGAGGGCCCCUGGCUUCGCUCACGAAUGUGGUCCAAGAUCAGGUCGGUGGCUCGAUCCAGCAACAGAGGCAGCAGCUCCUGUUCAGCAGGGGAGAAGCAGCCCAGCACAUGGGCCUGUACUGCCUCAGGGUGUGUCGGGCGCCCGAUGCCCACCCGCAGCCUUGGCAUUGCCUGUGGGAGAGCCAGAGAGGCCCAGGAAGCUUUGGCGAGGUGCUGGGGGACCCCUGGCCCACCCGACCCAGUUGCACAACAAAAGGGUACUCACAUUGGAGUUGAGGCAGCUAAUGCAGGAACGGACUCCAUUGUGGCCCCUUCAAGGGAUAUGGGAGGGGCAGUUAGUGCCUCCCUGGGGCAGUGUCCUUCCACCCCUCCCUGCCCGGGCUGGGUCAGAGCAGCCCAUUUCCUGUGGAGACUGGGUCAGCAGCCCUACUCCACCCCAACUGGGAGGCCUGAAGCCCUAUCCCAACCCUGACCAUCUCAGGACCUCACCUGGCACUGCCCCCCAGCUUCAGAGCCAGUCUCCCCAGGGGCUUGUCCAGCUCAUCAUGCACCAGGUAGACUUCCUCGGCAGUCAGCCCAAACAGCUCCGCUUAGCACAGGGAAACGGCAGCCCUGGUUACUGCCCAUCUGCCCAGAGGGUCACUGUCCAGACUCCCAUGAUGAGGGGCCACAACUAAUCAAUCCCACUUCACAUAUAAAGAAAUGGAGGCCCCCACAAGUACCCAAGGCCAUGCAGCAACUGGAGCUCAACAGGUACUUGGAGGUGAACCCGCGGAUCUGUCACAGCCAGUCCCGCUCUGGCCCCUGCACUCCCACCCUCACCCCCCACCUCCUCGGCCGGCCCGCCCGUCCCUGGCGCUCUCAACUCACCAGCCCGGGCCACGCUGCGCCCGUUGGCGUUCAUAAGCCGCCGUGGCCGGAGCAGGACCAGCUGGGCAUCCCCCAGCGGGGCCAGGGCGAGGUCGGCGGCACAGUGCCGGUCGCGCGUCCAACUCUCCGCCACACCCAGCCGCCGCGCCAGCUGCCCCAGCACCGCCAUGCCUACGCUGUGUCGCGUGCCAGGCAGUCCGGGAUUCCCCAGGCCAGCCACCUGCGGGCGGCACCAGGGAAACUGAGGCCCAACAACUCUCGCCACCCCCGACCUCACAGCGUCCCGUGGGCUCCAAAGCAGAGAAGCGGAAACGCAGAGCAACGCUGCAGUGGGGAAGGGGCGCGAAGAAAGGGCCCAGAAACCCGACCCCCGAGAACUCCAGAAGGCUGGGCAGGCAGGGCGCCCUAGUGCAGGAACGGAGCUUCUGGAAGUUUGCAGCCCGUCGAGCACCGGACCCACCAGUUAAGAAAACAGAGCAGCAAUUUGGGGGCACUCGGCUCCCGGGACAUAAUGGCCGAACUGAAGCUAGGGACUGGGGGCCCCUACGUCGCCGCCCCACGCCACUCACCAUCCACCGCUUCCCCGGGGGCCGAGGCUCCAAAACGCAUCGGCUCAUGGCUCGACUCAGCCACUGUCCGGCGCCCAAAAAGCCGCGCGGCCUCAUGCUGCCCCCAUUCCCGGCCCGGACACCGCCCCCUGACGUCAUCACCCCGCAGCAGCCAAUCGCGUUGCCAUUUGUUUGGCGUCCACCGCCAACGUCCAAUCCGAGCCGGGCUGCAUGGCCGCCAUGCUUCUGAGGGGCGGAAGCGGCGAGGUGGUGGCAGAGUCCGGGAGCCCAGGCGCCUUCAGUGGCGCGGCGUCACAGUGUCCCUGCGGGGUUUGUGUGGGACGCUUGGAGCUCUUGCUUGACCUUCGGUUGGGAGGCGAAAGCCUUGUUAUGCUCCCAGCUAUGGCCCUGCCUCGCGGCGAAAAUCUGGCAAGUCCUUUCCCCGAUGGAGGCCUCAACCUCCCCAGCUAAUAAAAGUUUUCUACCUCC